UAUAAACCUAUGUGUAAAAAUCGGAUCAAAUAUACACAACCUAGAAUCGCCCUCUUAUCAGUAUAAAUACAAUACCCUCAUCCUGCUAUUCCAUUCAUUCAAGUUCCAGUCGAUAUAUAUAUACAUACACAUAUAUACGUUGUGUAUAUAUACACACACCAAAUUUCGCCCCUUUGUUAUACUAAAAACCGAGCCUUGAAAACAAUUCUAAAACCUUCCUUUUCGUGAGAGGAAUACAACGGUGAAAGAAACGUGAAAAACGGUCGUGAAACGAGAGAGAUAUCGUUUGCCGGAGUUUCGCCGGGCUAACCGUAACGACGGAAAACGGAGAAGAAGAAAGAACCGCCGGUGCCGCCAGUCCAUCACCGACCACCGUCGUCCCAGAAGGAGCCAACAGCACCACCAUUUCACGUUUCCGUCGAGGUGAAUAUUUAGAGACCGGAAGUGUGGAAGAGAAUUAGGAGCAUCGGACUUAAGGUAAGUUUCUCUGUCAAUCCAAAAUUGUUUCCUCGUAUUAUAUGCUUAUUAUGCAUUAUGUGAUUAAGUGUGAAUUUUGAAUUAUGUGUAUGUGAUUUUGAGGAGAUAUUAGAUCUAUGGUAUUUGAGAAGUGCAAACUAAGUACUUUUGGGUAUUAAAUAUUUUUAAAUACUUUUGAGACUAUUUAGAGGGAUUGAGAUAUAUUUUUGGAAGUAUAUCUAAAGUCAAGAUAAAAUUUACGUUUUCAUAAGAGGUGAGCACCCGGGAGAAAUCCGUGGUGUCGGUUUUCCACAUCCGGAUAAAUGUGAAGGAUGAUUAGGGUUGCUACUACUAAGAAGUACAGUUUGAGUUUGAAGUGACAUUUGGAUCUAUGAGUCCUUUUAAGAAGAAGUUAUAGUAGUAGUAGUCCCUAAUCAUUCAAGAAUUUUAAAGGUGGGGUAGUUGGUAGACUGAGUCCCGAUUACUCGCUACGACUUACUACUCGGAGGGCUUGGAAUCCCUUUUAGGGGGUGUGCACACUUAAGGUAGUCGUUUCAUUUCCAUUAGCAGUUGUGGUACCGGCAAAAGUCCCGAUGUGGCCGUACAUAAUAACGUAACCACCGGGCUCAACCAGAGUGUUGAGCACCGCCCUUCUAAAUUACUAGGAAGAUAUAGAAAAAGUGAAUUUUGAGAAAUUCUAAGAGAAGAGUUGCUAUAGUAUUUUCGAAGAAGUGAUUUUGAGAAAAACCAAAUUAAAGAGAAAAGAAUUUGGUGGAGUGUGUCAUUUUUAUGGUAUUAUAUAAAAUAAAAAAAAUUGCCAAACCUGAUUAUUUUACGAGGUUGGGUAGUACUUACUUAGCUCUAAAGCUAAUUUUUGUUUUCUUUUCAUUGUUUUGUUUUCUGCACUUUAUUUGUGCAUGUGAUAAUGGCUAUGUUGAUUGUUGAUUGCAUGUGUCUGAGAGCGGUUGCUAGAUGCCUUAGUAAAACCUAGACAUGAAUGAACAUUUUAGUUACGUUGAACAUUUGUUUCUUCAUAUUACAAUUAAUUAUGACUGUUUUGUUUUAGUUGCCUGUGCAUCCGGUUAAGAGAUGACCGGAUGUGGCGGUAACACCCGUUUCCCUAUUUAAAUUAUUUCCGCUGCAAGAUUUUUAUCAGUUUCGAAUGAAUAAAGCAAGUUUUUUAUCAAUAAAUUAUUAUUGCAAGUAUUAUUUUUGGGCGAAAAUUGGGGGUGUUACAAAUUGGUAUCAGAGACUUUAGUUUUUCGAAGGGAUUAGGAUACGAGGUAAUAGGUCGUAGGGAGAAAAUCAGUCACAAAGACGACAACAGUCUAAGCUGGUUGGUGCAUAAUUGAGCCUUUGCGCUCGUCCAACUAACUGGGAAUUUCUCCUUGUGCUGAAACUUCGUUGUUCAAAAUCUUUGACGAUAACUAUGGUCUCGAAUCGGGGAUUUUCAAAAUGUUUUCGUGAAAAAAACACACUAGGAGAAUGAACAUACUAGGAAAUUGGCCUUUCUAGGAACGCGGUGAGAGAAGAACCUUUGCGAUACUAUUGAAUUAUGAAAUGCAUGAGAUUCAUGCCUCUAUGAAGUAUGUGGAAUAUGUGAUACACUGUAUGUGCUAUCUGUUAUAAGAAUUUGAAGUUAGUAAAGAACUUGUAUGAUGUAGAAGCCUUAUGUAUGCCUUAGUACUUAGUAUUGAUUUCCUUUAUUAAGAAUCAUGCCGCCAAGAAGAAACCCCCUACAACCCCAACCGUUGAGGAGUUGGCCCAAACUAUUCAACAAAUGGCACGACAUAUCGGAGCGGCUCAACCCUAGAACAAUGGGAUUGACUACGCUACAAGGGUAGCCGGGCGUAACCCCCCGAAAUAUCUAGGCGAGGAGGACCAUCUUAUCCUGGAGGACUGGGUUCAUACCUUUGACAAAUUCUUUGACUCCCUCAACUGCCCGUGGGAGCAACGAGUAAAUAUUGCGGUGUAUUACCUACACCAAGAAGUUGACCACUGGUGGGCCGCCAAUGGACCAACACUUCUCGAGCAACCGAGCUUUUGCUGGGAGGACUUCAAAGUAGCACUACGUGACCGCUUCUACCCCGAUCACGUGAAAGAGGCGAAUUAUGACGAAUUCGUCAAUUUCAAGCAAGGUGACGUGACUGUUCAGGAGUACCACACGAAGUUCGUCCAAUUUUCUCGUUUCGCCAAAGACCUGGUGUCAACCGAGGGCCGUAUGACACGCAGAUUUGUUAACGGGCUUAACUACGGUGCCCAAAAGUUUGUGACUGUAGCAGAGCCACGAAAUCUGAAUGAAGCAUAUAGGAAGGCUGGUGAGUACUACAUGGUACACCAGAAGGAGAGGGAGGCACAUAAGAGAGAUCGAAAGAAUGCUGAGGUGGAGCAGCAACACAAGAAGGCCAGAACUGACCGCCCUGAGCCCCUGCAAAACAAUCAAGGCGGGAGAAUAUUCCAAGUCCAGUGUCAGGGGAGAAACCAGCCUAACCAGACACGGUAUUACAAGUGCAAACUCUGCCCGAACAACCAUCCUGGAGCAGAUUGUGCAGGUAAUCCGGUGAAGUGCUACAACUGCAACCUCAUGGGGCAUAGGGCAUAUGAGUGCCGGAAGGAGAAGAGGCCCCAAACCCAGGGCUAAAACCAAGGGGUGCACAAUCAGGGGAAUGGCCAAGCCGGUGGUGGGGGUAACCACGUUAACAGUAACCGUGGUAACCCCGGCAACCGUCCAGCGGAAGGCAACCGUAACCAGGGCCAGGGAGGGAAGAACAAUAACCAAGGCCGAAUCUAUGUCAUGAACCAAGCUCAGGCAAAUGCCAACGACGUGGUGUCAGGUACAUUCCUUGUAAAUUCCACACCUUCUCAUGUACUGUUUGAUUCGGGUGCAUCCCACAGUUUUAUAUCCUCUAAACUUGUGGAAAAGUUAAAGUUAGAACCUACCGCUACACUCAAUCUUAAUGUAAAAACAACAUCUAAUAAAGUUGUAGCUUGCGGGAGUGUUUUAUCCAAUGUUUCUAUAGUCAUAUCCGAUACCGAACUACCCGAAGAUCUAAUCCAAUUUGACUUGGAGGAUAUUGACGUGGUGUUGGGAAUGGACUGGCUAGGAAAAUAUAAGGUGAGGAUUCUUUGUGCUGAACAAGAGGUGGUCUUGAGAGGACCCCACAAGAAGCGUGUAUCCUACAAAAUGGUUACAUCUCAGCCGGGCGUGAAGCUGGCAACCAUGCAACAACUCAAACGAUAUGUCCGGAAGGGGUAUGAAGCUUACUUAUACAUGAUCCAAGACUUAACAUCGGAAGAGCCGACCAUUGACCAAAUCCCUGUGGUCAAUGAAUUUCCGGAUGUAUUUUCGGAAGAAAUACCAGGGAUGCCACCGGAGAGGGAAGUCGAGUUUUCAAUUGAUCUGAUGCCAGGCACCGCACCCAUUUCAAAGGCACCAUACCGAAUGGCACCAAAAGAAAUGCUGGAGCUGAAGGAACAACUCGAAGAACUGUUGGAGAAGGGCUACAUCAAACCGAGUGUCUCACCUUGGGGAGCUUCGGUCUUGUUUGUAAAGAAGAAGGAUGGGAGCUUAAGACUCUGCAUCGAUUAUAGGGAGUUGAACAAAGCAACCGUCAAAAACAAAUAUAUGUUGCCUCAAAUUGAUGACCUCUUUGAUCAACUGAAGGGGGGCUAGCAUGUUCUCCAAAGUUGAUCUGAGAUCCGGGUACCAUCAAGUGAGGAUUGCUGAGAAAGACACUCCGAAGACAGCUUUUCGAACGAGGUACGGGCACUAUGAGUUCACCGUGAUGCCGUUCGGACUAACAAAUGUGUCUGCGGUAUUUAUGGACCUCAUGAACCGUGUGUUCCGACCCUACCUCGACUUGUUUACUAUUGUAUUCAUCGACGACAUCCUGGUGUACACUAAGACACCAAAAGAGCACGAAGAACAUUUGAGGAUAGCACUGCAAACUUUGAGAGAGAAUCAGCUCUAUGCCAAACUCUCAAAGUGUGAAUUCUGGAUGGAUCGAAUAGCAUUUUUGGGCCACAUCAUCACCCAAGAAGGUGUAUCCGUUGAUCCAUCAAAGAUCGAAGCAGUGGUAGACUGGCCUACACCCACAACCGUGACGGAGGUCCGGAGAUUUCUAGGCUUGGCGGGCUAUUACCGCAGAUUCGUGAAGGAUUUCUCAAAGAUAGCAAAACCUUUGACUAACCUCACGAAGAAGACCACGAAAUUCAUAUGGGGUGAGGAAUGCAAGAAGGCUUUCCAGGAGCUUAAACAAAGAUUAACAACCGCACCUAUCUUAACCCUACCAUCCGGUACCGAGGGGUUCGAGGUUUAUAGCGAUGCUUGCCUAAAAGGGUUGGGUUGCGUAUUGAUGCAAAAUGGUAAAGUGGUGGCCUAUGCAUCAAGACAACUGAAGACCCAUGAGGUCAACUACCCGACCCAUGACUUUGAACUGGCAGCGGUUAUCUCCGCCUUAAAACUAUGGAGGCACUAUCUAUAUGGGGUACAGUGUAAAAUUUACACUGAUCACAAGAGUCUAAAGUACAUCUUCACCCAAAAGGAGCUUAACAUGAGACAAAGACGUUGGCUAGAACUCGUCAAGGACUACGACUUGGAAAUUCAGUACCAUGAAGGGAAAGCAAAUGUAGUUGCCGAUGCAAUGAGACGAUAAUCAACCCACUCCUACAGAGCAACAUAGAUACUACCUGAUGAGCUAUAUUGGGACUUCCAAAAACUAGACAUGGAGGUACGAGAUUUUGGAGAGGUAGAUCGGGAAAUGCGGUUACUCACCAUGACCGUUACCCCAUCUAUUUUCGACUAAAUUAGAGAAGGGCAAUCUGGUGACAUAAAGCUGGACAGAAUCCGAGCAGACAUGACAAAUGGUGUAAAUGGACCGUUCGAACUGCACGAAGAUGGGAGCAUUUGACACAAAGGAAGGUGGUGUGUCCCGAUGAAAUGUGAAGAACUUAAGAAGAAAAUUAUGGAGGAAGGGCACAACACGCCUUACUCGGUGCACCCUGGAGGCGACAAACUCUACAAAGACAUCAAAAAGAACUUUUGAUGGACAAAGAUGAAGAAAGAGGUAGCUGAAUUCGUUGCUCGAUGCUUGAACUGCCAGAAGGUGAAAGCCGAACGUUGCAAACCCAAGGGACUCGUACAACCUUUGGAGGUGCCAAAAUGGAAAUGGGAUUAUAUCUCCAUGGACUUUGUUGGGGGCUUACCCCUAACCAAGUCUGGCAAAGAUAAGGUUUGGGUUAUAGUUGAUCGGUUAAUGAAGACCGCUCACUUUAUCCUGAUGAAAGAGACCUGAAGCAUGGAGGAGUUAGCUCGAGCCUACAUCAAACACGUAGUUAAAUACCAUGAAGUUCCACAAGAUAUUGUUUCUGACCGUGAUUCUAGGUUUCUAUCUCAAUUCUGGAAGGAAUUGCAAGCUGCUCUGGGGACGAAACUGAAGCUGAGUACAGCCUUUCACCCAACCACUGAUGGACAAAGUGAACGAACAAUCUAAACCCUUGAGGACAUGCUGAGAGCAUGUACGUUAGACCUACAAGGGUCAUGGGAUGAGCACUUAGACUUAAUAGAGUUUUCAUACAACAAUAGCUACCACGCCAAUAUCAAGAUGGCCCCGUACGAAGCUUUAUAUGGUCAAAAGUGUAGAAGUCCACUGUGCUGGAGCGACUUGACAGACAAGGUGGUGCUAGGGCCAGAAUACCUACAUGACACCAUGGAGAAGGUGAAGUUGAUUCAAGCCAGGAUGAAAGCUGCACAAGAUCGUCAGAAGUCUUAUGCAGACUUAGGGAGGAAGCCAACUGAAUUUGAAGUGGGAGAAAAAGUCCUACUCAAUGUCUCCCCGACGAAGGGGGUAAUGAGAUUCGGAAAGAAGGGAAAGCUAAGCCCAAGGUUCAUCGGCCCGUAUGAUAUCCUUGAGCGAGUGGGACGAUUGGCAUACCGUUUAGCUUUACCCAUGGAGUUGGCUAAGGUAAGACACACCUUAAAACCUCUCGAUGGUAAGUGUAAUAGUAAGUGCCUCUCAAAUACUAAUGUGUGAUAUACUUAGGUACACAAUGUUUUCCAUAUUUCACAAUUGAAGAAGUAUGUCCGCGACGAAUCACAUAUCCUUAACCCUGAGGUACAAAUAAUCACCUUACAAUAUUCGAAAUCAAAUUCCACAUGUCUAACAUCGACUUAAUUAGGUGGUCGAGUUGGACGAAUCAUUGACUUAUGAGGAAACGCCUAUCCAGAUCCUUGAUACCAAAACUCGUGAGACUAGGAGAAAGUCAGUUAAAAUGGUAAAGGUAUUGAGGUCUAACCACUUGGCCGAAAACGCCACUUGGGAGUCCGAAGACGAUAUGCGCAACCGCUAUCCAGAGUUAUUUGACUAAGGUAAUGUUUUGGUUACGAGAACGUAACCUUGUUUUUAGAGGGGUAGAAUGUGACACUCCAUAAACUUAAUAAAAAGAAUUUAAUACUAAAGAUGUGAUAUUCAUUUGUGGAUAAAUCUUCUUUAGUUUAUGUUUCGGGACGAAACAUCUUUCAAGAAGGGUAGAGUGUGACACCUCGAAAAAUUUAAAAAAAAUAAAAUAAAAUAAAUUAUCUUAUCAGCCAGAUAAGAUGUUACGAAAGUAACAUUUUAAUAACUAAGUGAAUCAGAUAAAAUUUUAACAUCGAUGACAUUUUUAACCAGAUAAAAAUAUUUCAAUAAUAAAAGUGACAUUUUAACAAUUUUAAAGAUAUUAGUUAAUGAUGUGUACAAAAUACACCAAACACCACACAAAAUAACAAACUCAAAAUGUUGACUUUUGUAACUUAAUAAUAAAUGCUACGUAUAUAUAAAUAAACUCACAUCCAUACAUACCCAAUAUAUUCAUGCACGAAGGUAGGAUGUAUAUAUAUAUAUAUGUAUGUAUGUAUGUAUGUAUGUAUGUAUGUAUGUAUGUAUGUAUGUAUGUGUAUGUAUAUGAAAGUGUCGGUUAUUUGAUUACCAAUAUGUACAUAAUACAUUAAAUAGGAGGUAGUACUAUGCAAAAAUAACAAUAAUUGAAGUGAACAAAGCAAUAGACAAACACGUACUCUUACAUUAAUGAUGCUAUGUAUGUAAGUUAAUUGAAUUCAGGCUGAAAGGUAGACCAAGUACAUUAACAUCCACGAUACAUGACUACUUGUGCGAAACUUGGGGAUGAUAUAAACCUAUGUGUAAAAAUCGGAUCAGAUAUACACAACCUAGAAUCGCCCUCUUAUCAGUAUAAAUACAAUACCCUCAUCCUGCUAUUCCAUUCAUUCAAAUUCCAGUCGAUAUAUCAUAUAUAUAUACAUACACAUAUAUACGUGGUGUAUAUAUACACACCAAAUUUCGCCCCUUUGUUAUACUAAAAACCGAGCCUUGAAAACAAUUCUAAAACCUUCCUCUUCGUGAGAGGAAUCUAACGGUGAAAGAAACGUGAAAAACGGUCGUGAAACGAGAGAGAUAUCGUUUGACGGAGUUUCGCCGGGCUAACCGUAACGACGGAAAACGGAGAAGAAGAAAGAACCGCCGGUGCCGCCAGUCCAUCACCGACCACCGCCGUCCCAGAAGGAGCCAACAGCACCACCAUUUCACGUUUCCGUCGAGGUAACCCCUUUCCCUGCAUCUAGCCAUUACCGGCGUUCUCCCGAGGAAGAAGACAAUGGUCUUCUCCUCUUUAUUUUUUUUUUAUUUUUGGGCCAAUUGCAGAUGGGCUGUUUUUUUUAUUCUUAAGACUUGACCUCAUGUUUUGGACUGGCCGAAAAUGUAUAAUAAUAAUAAUGAUGAUGAUGAUGAUGAUGAUGAUGAUGAUGAUGAUGAUGAUGAUGAUGAUGAUGAUGAUAGGAAUAUUGACAAUAAUAAUCUGUAAAAUGGAUUUAUUGGAGAUGAGAAAUAUUAAUGGUGAAAUUGGCUUGGUUAAUUGAUAGUAAUCACUUGGAUAGAUUUGUUAAGUGUUAUUUAACAUGAUUACAUAAUGUUAAAUAAUAAAAAGGAAUUGACGGUUUAAUUAAUAAAAACUGACAAACGAAUAAUGUAUUAAAAUAAUAAUUAUUUAUUUGGACUUAGUGACAUGAGUAGAUUAAAUAAAAUUGGAUAGAUAUUAUUUUCACUAAUUAUUGGAUUAAUUGAAGUAGAUUAAUAAGUUAACAUAAUUACGGACUCAGAAACAUCAAGUGUUUAAGUAAUUAAUAAAAUUAUAUUAAGUUGAUGACGAUUAGUUAAUUUAAAUAAUUGUUAUAAUAUUCGGAUUUACUAGUAAUGUCGAUUAAUACAAAUUAAUUAUGAAUUUUGAACAGUUAAUUAAAUGUAAUUCGGAUAUGCCUUAAUAAUAUUAAAAUACAAUUAAAUAUUCGGAUGAAUUAUUAAUAAUAAUUAAGGUAAUCUUGAAAAUUGAAUAUUUUAAUAUAAUUCGGAUUUUUACAUAUUUAGUGAUGGUGUAGGUGUUAAUAAUAAAAAGAUUAUGAUGAAUUGGGUUAGUUAAUACCUCUUAUUACCGGAUCAGAUUAAAAAUUAAUGAAAAAUUAUUGUAUUAAUUAUCGAAUUAGUUUUAAAAUAGUUUAAAUAAUAUGAGAUAGAUAUUACGUAUGAAAAUAAACUAUAAUGAAAGUAACUCGAAUAUAUUAUAAUUCGUAUGUUUUAAUAAUAUUAAAUUAUAGUUAACUAAUUGAAUAUAGAAUAAAUUAAUGGUCAUUAAUAAAUUAAAAUUUGGUUAUUUUAAUUAAAUAUAUGUCGGUUAUUAUAAUAUAAUCAUAGUAUUCAAACAAUAGCAAUUAUGGCUGAAGUAAUAAAGUAAUUUGAUUAAUAAAAAGUGAUUAAGAGAUAAAAUAGACCCGAUUAACUAAUUUAUUCUAUAUUAAGAAAUUCGGAUAAUAAGAUAAAAAGGGGAAUAUCGGAUAAAUUAUUUAAAAUAGAAGAAGUGACUAAUUAAAUCAUCUUAAUUAAAAAGGUGAAUAUUUAGAGACCGGAAGUGAGGAAGAGAAUUAGGAGUAUCGGACUUAAGGUAAGUUUCUCUGUCAAUCCAAAAUUGUUUUCUCGUAUUAUAUGUUUAUUAUGCAUUAUGUGAUUAAGUGUGAAUUUUGAAUUAUGUGUAUGUGAUUUUGAGAAGAUAUUAGAUCUAUGGUAUUUGAGAAGUGCAAACUAAGUACUUUUGGGUAUUAAAUAUUUUUAAAUACUUUUGAGACUAUUUAGAUGGAUUGAGAAAUAUUUUUGGAAGUAUAUCUAAAGUCAAGAUAAAAUUUACGUUUUCAUAAGAGGUGAGCACCCGGGAGAAAUCCGUGGUGUUGGUUUUCCACAUCCGGAUAAAUGUGGAGGGUGAUUAGGGCUGCUACUACUAAGAAGUACAGUUUGAGUUUGAAGUGACAUUUGGAUCUAUGAUCCCUUUCAAGAAGAAGUUAUAGUAGUAGUCCAUAAUCAUUCAAGAAUUUUAAAGGUGGGGUAGUUGGUAGACUGAGUCCUGAUUACUCGCUACGACUUACUACUCGGAGGGCUUGGAAUCCCUUUUAGGGGGUGUGCAUACUUAAGGUAGUCGUUUCGUUUCUAUUAGCAGUUGUGGUACCGGCAAAAGUCCCGGGGUGGCCGUACAUAAUAACGUAACCACCGGGCUCAACCAGAGUGUUGAGCACCGCCCUUCUAAAUUACUAGGAAGAUAGAGAAGAAGUGAAUUUUGAGAAAUUCUAAGAGAAGAGUUGCUAUAGUAUUUUUGAAGAAGUGAUUUUGAGAAAAACAAAAUCAAAGAGAAAAGAAUUUGGUGGAGUGUGUCAUUUUUAUAGUAUUAUAUAUAAAAAAAACAUUUUGCCAAACCUGAUUAUUUUACGGGAUUGAGUAGUACUUACUUAGCUCUAAAGCUAAUUUUUGUUUUCUUUUCAUUGUUUUGUUUUCUGCACUUUAUUUGUGCAUGUGAUGAUGGCUAUGUUGUUUGUUGAUUGCAUGCGUCUGAGAGCGGUUGCUAGAUGCCUUAGUAAAACCUAGACAUGAAUGAACAUUUUAGUUACGUUGAACAUUUGUUUAUUCAUAUUACAAUUAAUUAUGACUGUUUUGAUUUAGUUGUCUGUGCAUCCGGUUAAGAGAUGACCGGAUGUGGCGGUAUCACCCGUUUCCCUAUUUAAAUUAUUUCCGCUGCAAGAUUUUUAUCAGUUUCGAAUGAAUAAAGCAAGUUUAUUAUCAAUAAAUUAUUAUUUCAAGUAUUAUUUUUGGGCGGGAAAUUGGGGGUGUUACACAUUUGAUCCCAAAUCUGAUGAAGGGAUCUUCCUGGGCUACUCAACAAUAAGCAAGGCAUUCUGGAUCCUCAACAAAAGAACUCUGGUGGUAGAAGAAUCAAUCCAUGUGGUGUUUGAAAACCACCUCACUGCUCGAUUAAAAGAUGAAGGUGAGUCAUCCAAAUCAAAGGUCACUAGAAAGGCUCCAAGUUGCCUUCCAAAUAGCAACGUUCAAAGAGAUGGAAAGGCAGUUGACUCAAACGGCAGUCCACUGCCAGCAGUUACUCAAAGGUAGCUCACUGCCAACAGUUGGCUCAACUGUCAGCCUACUGCCAACAGGUGACUCACCAAAAGACAACCUUCCAGGCACUCAUGACAUUUCUAACCAUCCUAUUCUACCAGAGGAUAGUGAAGAAGAAGAAGAAGAAGAAGAAGAAGAAGAAGAGGAGGAUACUCAAAUUCUAACCAAAACAAAAACAUCUGACAUCAAAUGGAUGAAUAAACAUCCUCCUCACCAAGUAAUUGGAGACAUCAAUACAGGGGUUCGCACCAGAUCAGCAAUUCAGAGAGAAGCAUUAUUCACAUGCUUCAUCUCUCAAAUUGAACCCAAGAAAAUUGAAGAAGCCCUACUUGACUCGGACUGGAUACAAUCCAUGCAAGAGGAACUCAACCAGUUUGAAAGAAACAAUGUAUGGGAGCUUGUACCCAGACCCUAUCAUCAACAUGUGAUAGGAACUAAAUGGGUAUUCAGAAACAAAAUGAAUGAGGAAGGCACCAUAGUCAAGAAUAAGGCAAGGCUGGUAGCCAAAGGCUACUACCAGGAAGAAGGUAUAGAUUUUGAUGAAACCUUUGCUCCUGUUGCCAGAUUGAAAGCAAUAAGAAUCUUCUUGGCUUAUCCUGCUCAUAAGCAAUUCACAGUCUAUCAAAUGGAUGUGAAAAGUGUCUUCCUAAAUGGUGUACUAGAAGAGGAGGUCUAUGUGGAGCAACCUCCUGGUUUUGAAAUCAAUAGAGAGAAGGAUCAAGACUACAAAUUACACAAGGCUCUUUAUGGACUCAAGCAAGCCCCAAGAGCAUGGUAUGACACUCUCUCCGAAUAUUUAGUGAAUAAUGGAUUCACUAAAGGAAAAGUAGACAAGACUCUAUUUAAAAUAGAAGAAGGUCCCCACAUACUGCUUGUUCAAAUCUAUGUUGAUGACACAAUUUUUGGAAGCUCAAAUCAAGCAAUGUGUGAAAAAUUUUCAACUCUCAUGCAAAGCAAAUUUGAAAUGAGCAUGAUGGGAGAGUUGAACUAUUUUCUAGGACUACAAGUGAAGCAGACUCCUCAAGGUAUCUUCAUCAACCAAGCCAAAUAUACAACAGAUCUCAUGAAGAAGUUCAAAGUUGAGAACAAGUCUACGGUCAAGAUAUCCAUGAAUACAUCACAAGGUCUAAGUCAAGAUGAAGAUGGCAAGGAUGUUGAUCCUACACUUUAUAGAGGUUUGAUUGGUUCCUUAUUAUAUCUCACCACGAGUAGGCCAUACAUAUCGUACUCAGUUGGAGUAUGUGCAAGAUUUCAAUCAAAACCUAAGGAAAGCCAUCUUCUAGUUGCAAAGAAGAUUUUGAGGUAUCUAAAAGGUAAUCCUAACUCUGGAUUAUGGUACCCAACAAAUGGAGGCUUUGAACUCUAUGGCUACUCAGACUCGGACUUUGCGGAUGCAAAAUUGAUAGAAAAAGUACCUCAGGUACUUGUCAAUUAAUUGGUGGAAGACUUGUCUCUUGGUUCACCAAGAAACAAAAUUCAAUUGCUACUAGCACUGCUGAAGCUGAAUACAUAGCUGCAGGCAGCUGCUGUGCACAAAUACUAUGGAUGAAACAACAAUUGAGGGAUUAUGGAGAAGAAACAAAGGAGAUUAGCAUAUUGUGUGAUAACACUAGUGCUAUUGCUAUCACUCAUAAUCCGGCAUUUCAUUCAAGAACCAAGCACAUUGAGAUCAGACAUCACUUUAUCUGAGAGCAUGUUGAGAAGAAAACCAUCAAGCUUGAGUACAUCCCCACGGAAAAGCAGUUGGCUGACAUCUUCACCAAGCCAUUAAAUGAAGAUAGAUUCAACCAAAUAAGGCAAGAACUUGGAAUGCUAGAUGAUCUAAAUCAAGCGAAGGAAUAACCCUGCAUCUAUUCAGGGGGAAUUUGAUUUUAAAAUUAAGCGAGAAUUCUUAGCCACCUGCUGAGGGGGAAUUUCUGUGAAGUACUCAGGGGUAGCCACCUGCUAAAGGUAAGCUACUCAAAACAUCAAAGGAAUGAGGCAUCAAGGUCCAAGAAAGUCACUAUUAGGAUUUCAAGAUCAAAAGGAGUUAAAAUUCGAACAAUUGGCUCAGCAGUUGACUGCAUCCUAGCAAGCAGUGGACUCAGCAGGCGACUGACUACUAGCCCACUGCUACUUGUAUAAAGGAAGGAAUUGCACAUAUAUAUAUACUUUUUCAAAAAGGAGGGAAAGGACUAGAAAGACACUGGUUCAAAAAAUAUAUAUGUAUACUUUAAAGACACUGGUUCAAAAAAUUUGCGCAGAUGCCUGCCAGCAGGCGACUGCCUCAGGAGCAGGUCACUGCUUCAGGCCAGCAGUUGGCUCAAUUUCUGACAAAUGUACAAGGAAUCUCAACAAUGACAUACAUCAUCUUGAUCCCCUCAUAUCAAGGAUUCCAAAAAGCAAACUCUUGUUCUCAGAAACCAUCAAAAAUCUACCUCCAUUUGAGCUCCCUACUACCAGUGUGAACACAGUUAAUGCUGAAAAGGCCAGCCGUAUUCUCCAAUGGCUAUAUUCCAACGACUAGUUCCCGAUAGCCUAUAAAUACUCCCUCCGUACAUUUCUCUUCACACAUUUCACUUUGCAAUCUCUUUCUACCUAUUUCAAAGCUCUCAAAUUCUCUCUUUGCAUUAUCAAAAGCUCUCUUACACACAACCACCGCAAACCAUUUCAUUCUCCAUAAACACCCAAAUGGCCUCCCUUGUCAAAAUUUCCAAAUCCAUCUUUACUGGAUCCAUCCUCAACACCCCCAAAAAUCUUGAGAGGGAAAACAACAGUGAUCUCAUGAAGGAGCUCCUGAGAAAGCUAGAAACAACCGGGCUAAUGAAAAUGGUCACCUAUCCAUAUCCCUGUUUCUAUCCAGAAAUCGUAGCAGAGUUCUACUUAAACUCAACUUCUGGCAUGCUAAAGUCAGUAGUUCUGGGGCGUGAAGUAGAAAACAACCAAAAUGAAAUCAGGGAUCAGCUAUCUUUGUCGGGAGAGGAAUCCCCAGAGAUAGAAAACAUCUCUCUCGACGAGGAAGCCUUCAAAGAAAUGGUGUUCCUUCCCAAGGCUCACCACCUCAACACACUAAAAGUGAAGAAGAACAUGUUGGUUCCAGAAUACGCCGUUCUACUGGACAUCAUGUACAAAUGCAUUGAUAAUAGAACCACCGCUCUGGAUGAAAUCAACGCACAAAGGGCACCUGCACUGGUCGCAAUCAUCUCAGGGACCCCACACAAUUGGUCCAGGUAUGUAUACAAAGAACUUGUGAGAUAUGUAACUAAAUCUCAAAAGGACAGAAGGGAUGAUGGAACCCUUCCACUACUGGGUUAUGAGUUCUUGAUUGGGGAAGUAAUCAAAAGGAAGGGGAUAAUAGGGGAAAUUAAAGAAGAGACCAUCUGGAGGAAAUUCCUCCAUCAAACCUCAAAGGCCGGGGCACCAAGAAAUCAAAAACAAGAUGAUACUCUCCCAUCCCACGAGCCUCUCCUAAUCACCUUUGACAAAAUUAAAACAAAGACUGCCAAGUGAAUCAGAUCAGGAUGUCAAGAAGACAAAUCAAAGAAGACACGAACAGCAACAAGGAGCCUACAAGCAGAAAUGGAAGAGGCAGCCUCAUCUCUCCAAUUGGCUCAUGUAGAAGCAGUGGCCUCCCCUCUCACCAUCAUCAAUGAAGCAGCAGAGUCCUCCUCACAUUCUUCCAAUGCUAGUAACAGUUCUGUCAUCCCCCUCUCAGUACUCAUCCCCAGGCUGACACACCACACAGAGUAGGCGGCUCAAGAAGAUGAGCAUGCAGCUUGUUCAGGCGAGCAGGUGGCUCCCCAACAAGCAGAGCAGGUACCUCCCUCUCUAGCAGUUGGCUCACCCAACCUAACUCCCCUUGAGCAGCUAGAUGAAGAAUUUGUCAGGGUCAAAGAAUGGAGAAGAUGGAAACUAUCUGGCAUCCGUAUCCAAGCUGAAACCUUGUCUAUGUUCAUAGAUGAGGAAGACUUCGCACUACAAUGGCUUGAAACAGAAGAUCUAGCAGAAGCAACAAGACUCUACAAAAUAAAUCAAGUAUAUGCAAUAAAAAGGAAGCAGCUCACUGCUAAGGAUGCGCUCCAAGACUCAAGCGAUGAUGAUGCUGACAAUAAUCCAAAGGGACCACCAGACUCAAGAGGUAAGCAAAUCAUUCACUCUUCUUCCUCCAGUGAUAAAGAACUCAGGCAAGUCCUUGAGAAAUCAAGGAUGUAGACUCAUGGAGGAGGAGAAUCCUCCAAAGCUCCCAAAGAGCAGUUGGCUGCUACUCUCCCUCAAGGGACCCAACUGCUGGACCUCAACAUGGAGCCUCACCAAGAAGAAGUCCCAGAACACUAAGCUACAACCUCACCAGAAAUCAAAGAUCAAAUUCUCAAUGAUGGAGCUGAGGACACUUCAACUCUAGCAGAGGUCUUCAUCAAUGAACGAAGAGCAACAAUAAAAUUUGUCAGCAAUGUCGAACUCAGAAUACACAAACAGUUAAUCAAAAUGCAGAGGCAUUUUGACAAGCUAUUGGAGGCCAGAUUUGCAGAGGUUCACUGCCACAUCAAAAGCAACCUCAUGAUCCAGCAGGUGUUCAAUUCGGAACAAAAGGCCCACCUGAAAAUGCAACUUUUCCAGCAGCCUGCUCAACUAGAAGACAUCCACAAGGAACUGGCAGCUCAAAGAGCAAAGGACUGGGAACUUGAACUUCAAAUUCAGACUUUCCUCAAGCAACUGCAUGAUCAAGAGCAAAUAGGAGCAUCUCUACAUCAAAUUCAUGAACAUGAGGCCUACAUCAAAACUUAGCAAGGACAGUCAGAAGCAGUUCAAAAGGGCCUUCAGGAACUUCAAGCUCUAUGUGUAGAGCUCCAAAGUCAACUUCAGGUAGUCCAACAACCAUAAGUUGCAACAGAGCCCUCUGCCCAACCAGAAGCUGAGCCCUCUGCCCAGGUACUUUCAAAAUCUGCUUUACCAACUAACCUUGAGCAGGCCCUUCAAACUAUCCAGGUGCAUGAGAAGUUCCUACACUAUCUCAAAACCAAGGAGCUACCUGUCAUCCUUAAUCUCUCCAAGAAGUUGGUCACAAAACAAGUGGAGCACUCAGAGGCAAUAAGAAAAACUAGAGCAGAUGUUGUUGAUCAUCUAGGACAACUUCACAAAGCUACUCAAGAAGCCCUCCUAAAGCAAGGAGAUGAACUCAAGAAACUUGGCCUACACCAACAAGCAACAACUCAACAGCUUCACAAACUUGACCAAGAGAUCAAAGAAGAAGUCAAGGUAGAUGUAACGGAUCUCCGAAACAUAGUCAGUGCACUCGCCAUUGAAUUCAAAGAUCUCCAUCCAACAAGGAGAAUCCAGCAAAUAGAGGUUGACUGUGAUCCAUAAAUAGCAGCCCUAUUCCAAGAAAGCCAGACCCCUGCUGAUGCCAAAAAGGGGGAAAAGAGCAACACACGCAGGCCCCUCCUCCAGCAGGUCACUGGCAGCCAUAAAGGGGGCAGAGACAAGGAGAAAGAACAAGAGACUCAAGUAAGAAAUGGAGAUCAGAAAAAGAAAGGCAGAAGAAGCAAAAGCCAAAGAAGAGGCAAAGAAGAAAUCAGGAGAACAAGAGUAGAAUAGAUGAAGUCCGAAACUGACUAUAAACUAUUGUACUCUAGACUUUAGAACAAUGUACAAAAUCUCAAAUGAAAAUCAAUAAAAAUAUUUCACUCUUGUGUUGUAUAGUUUUGGCAUCAUCAAGAAGGGGGAAAUUGUUAGUACCCAAUUUUGAUAGAUUUUGAUGAUGCCACUGUACUUAACACGUGUACAUUGUGUCUCAAUAUUGUUCGUGUGUCAGCAUUCAAAAUUAUGUGACAAAAUAAAAUGUACAAGUUUUGAGUCAAUUUGAAUAUUACCGGAAAAGUUAAAAUGCAAUAAGGUAAUUUUUAUUGAUAUUUAGAUCCUACAGGUAUAUAUUAUUUUAGCUCAAAAGUUAACUGAAUGUCACAUUAUUAAAGAAAAAAAGGGUCGAAAAAUCAAAUACAUUGAAUGUAAAUGAUUGAAGACAAAAAUUGACUAGGCAAUUAAUACAUGGGACCGAAGCAUAGGACGCAUAUAUUAUUAUUACAAGAAGAUUUUUUGAAGAGAUGCUUCAGCGGCUAAGAUACUCAAGACAAAGAAAUCAUCCCAAAUAAUGCUCCAGCGCAAGAAAACGAAUGUACAAUUCGUCCUUGCAAGAAUUUCAACGUCAGAGAUUAAUUCAUCCUAACCAACGGAUGAGAUUAAUCUAAAGGAGAAGCCUAUAAAUAUAGGCCAAAACGAAAGUUUCUAACCAAGCUUUGAGCAUCCAAAAUAGAGAAAUACUCACACAAGCAUUCACGAGCUCUCUAGCAAAAGAGAAAGUGCUAUUAUAAACUUUACUCUCUGCUUGGACUCAUGUUUCACUAAACUUCCAGUUUACAAGCUAUUCAUUGCUAAAUCAUAGAAGUUUAGUUCCUAGUUGGAGGUUAGAACUUUCUUGUAACAUUUCACAAGUUGUUGUAAACACUUAGGAGAACAGUUGUUCAGAUCCUAAAGUGUAAGUAGAUAGAUAGAGUACCUUUUGAUCCUCACUGGUUCAUUAGAGAAAAGUCUAAGGACUGAGUAACUUUGAGUGGUGCUAUACUCAUUGUGAAAAACCUUCAAUCUAGGCCUAAGUGUUGUAAAGACUAGAUUGGCACUAAGUGUAUUGGGCUUAAUACUUUAGUGAAAUCCAUCUGAAAGAGGGUGGGACUGGACGUAGGAGGAUUACACCACCUCUGAACUAGGAUACACUGUGUGUUGAUUUACAUUCAUUCAACAAAGCACACACUUAGCACUUCUUACAAAAAGAUUGAAGUUUGCCAGCAGAAUCCUAAGCAGUUGUCUUAACUGACCCAACUGCUUAUCUUACUGCUAAAUUACUUACUUUCUUUGAGACCAUUUUCACACAAGAGACGUGCAUCAAUAUCACUAAAAGGCCUGUCCAAUCAUUUUCCAUAAAUUCAUUCUCUAAGUAUAGCAGGUGCCUCAGGAGUCCCCUGGUGUCCACCCAACUGUUGAGCCCUCUGCUCGUAUACACUUGUUUCUCUUGAGCAUCUCACUAUCACCGGACCUUCAUAACAUUACCAACAAGGAAGUUGACCAAACUGCUCUCUGAAAUUCACCCUCUAAACCAAGCAUGUACCUGAGCAGUGCCCUCAUCACCACUCAACUGCUGAGACCACUGCUUCAGUAAAACUCCUGAUUACUUUUACUAAAGCACAUUUUCUGAAAGCUCUCAUUAUUCUCAGCAACAUUCCAUCAUCACUUUCAUCAAACACCCAAUAAAUCCUCAGUAGUUGCCUUAGCAGUUCCCUGUUAUCUAGCCAAUAGCCAAUCCAACUGCCAGACAUUUGGGUUCAUUCUUCCACCAGGAUAGAAAGUAUUCAUACACUGAUUCCAUAAAGGGUAAAGACUUCCGUUGUGCGUCUAUAAAUCUCUCAAAAGAUUAUAGAUCAACUCUUUAGAGGGAAAAACGCAUUAAAAUUGAAAAAGAUUUAAAAGUCUAUUCACCCCCCCUCUAGACUUUUACCCUAUCCAGGACCAUCAAAUGAGAAGUUGUAUCAAAAUAGUAAUGGAAACGUUUUGGGCUUAAUUGAGAUGUUGGCAGAGUUUGACCAUGUGGUUCAAGAACAUGUUCAACGUAUUAAAAAUGAUGAAAUUCAUUAUCAUUAUCUAGGGCAUAGGAUCCAAAAUGAGUUAAUACUCUUGCUUGGUUCUCAAAUUGAAUAUGUAAUUAUUGAAAAAAUCAAACAAGCAAAGUAGUUUUAUGUGAUGCUUGAUUGUACUCCUGAUAUAAGUCAUCAAGAACAAAUGUCUUUAAUAUUGAGAUAUGUGGAUGUCUAGUCAAACUCGGUUAGCGUUGAGGAAUCAUUCUUAGGUUUUUUGAAUGUUAAUGACACGACUGGUCAAGGUUUUUUUAAUGUUAUGCAAAAUGAAUUGGUCUCUCUUGAUCUUGAGCUUGAUAACGUAAGAGGACAUGGAUACGAUAAUGGGUCUAAUAUGAAAGGAAAACAUCAAGGAGUGCAAACAAAUUGUUGUAUUUAAAUCCUAGAGCUUUUUAUACUCCAUGUGGUUGUCAUAGCCUUAUGAUGGAGUAUAUGGCCCGGGAAACCCCGGCCCACAGACUCCUACUACUCCAGUGAAGGCCCAACAGGCCCAAAAGGCCCAACAGGCCCAAAUCACAGCGCCCAGAGUACCAAGCAGCCCGCAAAGCGCACCAAGGGUGUCUUCGGCCCCCCGGCCGAAGGCUCUAAACUCUCACAGAACGGGUUUUCCAAGCAAACUAAGAAACUGGGAGAAAAACGGCAGAAAACAGUAGCCCUCGGCAUCUGGAGCCCUCGGCACUCAGGGGUCCUCGGCACUAAGAGCCCUCGGCUAGUCCUAUGCAGCCGAGGGCACCUCUCCCGACAUGAUAUCCGCACCACAUGCGUACAGAUCACCGUACCCUGUACAGAUGUCCCAUCCAACAGUCGCAUUAAAUGCGGCCACAUGCGGCUGCCAGCGCCAACCAGUUGAGAUGACCUCUCGGCCAGUGGGCGUUUGACGCGUGUCCCUGUCCGGCAUUUAUUGCUACUAUAAAUAGCACCCCAUUUCCCCAUUUGUAACCACGCUGAAAACGCUCCACACUUAUAAUAUACUUUCUCUCUCUACAUUUACUUACUCUGACUUCUCUCUUAUUACUCCCCGUAAUAACCCCUCGGAUAUAUACCCCCCGGGUACACUAUCCAUCACCUUAAUUUGACUUCAUGUGACAUGGCGAAUACUUGUGGUAAAGCUAAAGAUUUUUUUGGAGUUAUUCAACGUAUCUAUACAUUUUUUGCAAAUUCCACUAAAAGAUGGCAAAUUUUGAAAGAAAAUGUAAAGGGAUUAACUCUUAAAUCAUUGUCAUCUACUCGUUGGGAGAGCCAUGUUGAUAGUGUUAAAGCUAUAAGAUUUCAGGUUUUAGAAAUACGAGAAGAUUUACUUGAAGUAGCAGAAACUGACAAUGAUUCCAAAAUUAGGAGCGAAGCAAAAUCUUUAGCCGAAAAUGAUCUUGGUAAUUUUGAAUUCAUUGUUGCGGUAGUUUUGGUAUGAAAUCUUAUAUGCUGUAAAUUUAGUUAGCAAGGAUUUGCAAAAGAUUGACAUGCUUCUUGAUGUUGCUAUUGAAAAAUUGAAGGGGUUAAUUUCUUAUUUUGAAAAGUAUAGAGAAACUGGUUUCUCAAGUGCCUUAGAAAUUGCAUCGGGCAUUUGUAUUGAAUUGAACAUUGCCGCCGUAUUUCCUCAAAAGCGGCAAAUUAGAAGGAAAAGACAAUUUGAUGAGAAUCCAGAUGAUGUGUGUUCUAGUGUUUCUCAAUCUGCACAGGAGUUGUUUAGAGUUAAUUAUUUCUUGUGCAUUGUUGAUCAAGCAAUAACAUCACUUACCACAAGAUUUGAACAAUAUCAACAAUAUGAGAAUAUUUUUGGGUUUUUAUUUACCUCCGAAAAGUUACGUUUAUUAGAUGAUAACAAUUUGAAAUAUUGUUUUAGUUGUCUUGAAGCAUCACUUAAGAAGGAUGAACAAUCAGAUAUUGAUGGAGUUGAAUUAUAUGUAGAAUUAAAGUUGCUUAAAGACUUUUUGCCGAUGGAGAAUAUGAGGCCUGUUGAUGUCUUGAAAUUUUUAAAACGUCUUGAUUGCUUUCCUAAUGCGGUUAUUGCUUAUAGAGUUCUGUUGACUGUUUCCAUUACUGUUGCAACUACAGAGUGAAGCUUUUCAAAACUGAAGGCGUUAAAGACUUACAUGCGGUCAACAAUGACACAAGAAAGACUUAACAGAUUGACUUUAGUAGCAAUUGAGAGCGACAUAUUAGAGAAGAUUGCAUAUGAAGACCUUAUCGAAGACUUUAUUUCAAAGAAUCUUAGAAGGAUAGCAUUAUUUAAAUAAGGGUAGUUUAAUUUCAAAAUAUUGGAUGUGAUUUUGAUGCUCUUGAUGUAUUAGUCGAAGAAAAAUUGCAUUUUAGUAUGAAGUAUUGAUGGAUAAGUGUAUGCGGGGGUAUCUAUCCGAGGGGUUACUGCGGGGAGUAACUAGAGAGAAAUCAGAGCAAAUGAGUAAGAGAGAGAAUAUGUAUUAAGUGUGAAUUCAGCGUAUUCAGAAUAUGGUUUACAAAGGAGAAAUGAGGUUCUAUUUAUAGUAGCAAUAAAUGCGAGACGGGGACACAUGUCAAGCAUCCAACGGCCGAGGGGUCACAUCAACCGGGUGGCACUGGCAUUCACAUGUGGCCACAUUUAAUGCGGCGGUUGGAUGUGACGUUGUACUCGGUACGGCGAUCCAGGUGCAUGUGGAGAGGAUAUUCUUGUCGAGGAAGGUACCCUCGGCUGUAGAUGAUUAGCCGAGGGCUCUUCUUGUCGAAGGCCCCUUAAGGCCGAGGGCUCCCGGUGCCGAGGGCUACUGAUUUUCGUCGUUUCUUCCCAGUAGCUUUGUAUGCUUAAAAUAGCCGUUCUGUUAGAAUUUGGAGCCUUCAGCCAGGGGGCCGAAGGCACCCCUGUGUGCUCCGUGGGUUGCUUGGUACCCGGGGCGCUGCGAUUUGGGUCUGCUGUGCUUCCUGGGCCUCUUGGGCUUUUAUUAGGAUAGUAGGAGUCUAUGGGCCGGGGGUCCCUGGGCCAUAUACUCCAUCAAGUAUAAUUAUAAAAUAUGAUAUUACUUUUUAUUUAAUUAUUAGUAUUUUUUGUAUUAAAUAUUAGGGCCUUCGAUUUUUCUUUUGAACAGUGCCUCUCAUUUGUCAGGACCGGGCCUGGACAUAACUGUUGUGAUUCUCUAUGCAUGUGCUAAAUACGAGUUCUCUAACAUGUAUACAUAUUGUGUUUCAGGUACUAAUUCAUGUGUACUGUAUGAAGUCCUUGUGGGUUAUGUAUUAGUUCUUAAUUGUUGUGCACUAGACAAUAUUUUUUUUAUUGUGAUACUCCUUAUGGUGCUUUAUAUACAAAAUAUUUGUGAGAUACCACUUUUCGUGUGCAUUGAAUAUUGAUGUGUGUGUUAGAUACAUGUUUUUGUGUGUCAUAUUAUAUCAUUUGAGUGGCUGGAGAUGCUUGUUAUGUUUUAUUGUAUACAUCUUGUACUUUUUUUAAAAAU